GCUUCCCGCCCGCGGGGCGCUUCCGGCGGGGCCUGGCGCGGCCAUGGCGGAGCUGACGGACGCGGAGCUCCGCAAGGAGCUGCUGGCGCUCGGCUAUCGCCCGGGGCCCAUCACCGCCACCACCCGCAAGGUCUACAUCAAGAAGCUGGGCUGCCUGCGGGCCGAGGUGGCGGCGGCCCGGCGCAGCGGCCGCACCGCGCCGCCCAGCCCGGGCCGCUCCUCCGCAGGGCCGCCGCAGGCCUCGCCCUCGCGGCAGCGCUCCGGCUUCACCGGCGAGGCCGCCCGUGAGAGUGAGGAGGAGGACGAGGAGGAGGAAGAGGAGGAGGAAGUGGGGAGGCCGCCCGCGUCCCGCUGGGGGACGUCGGGGGAAAGCGGCGGGCAGGCCUGGGGGGACCCCCGGGGGUCCCCGCCGGGCCGGGCCGGAGGCAUCAGGGUUGAGGGCGGCUCUUCCCGGGACAGCCUCGGGAGGCUGAGCCCUUCGGAGCAGUGGGGGACGACUGUGGAGAGAGGUGGCGGUGGGCUGGGGGCGUCCCUGGCCGGGCACGGCGGGUUGAGUUCCCCCUCGCAGUGGGACACGUCCAUAGAGAGGAGCGGGGGCCUUGGGGCGGACAGGGCCGGGGCGCUGAGCUCUGCAUCCCACUGGGAGACAUCCAGAGAUGUGGCAGAGCACGGCCGGGGGCUCGGCCAGGGGCUGGGGGCCACCCUCGAUGGGUUUCGGGGCUCCUCACUGCAGUGGGGCGCCUCAGAGAGGAGUGGGGGGCUCAGCAGUGGCCUGAGACCCACCCUGGACAGGUUCCGGGGGUCGAACUCCACAUCCCAGUGGAGCCCCUCAGCAGAGAGGAGCGGGGGGCUCGGCAGCCGGGCGGGCUCGGGCUUGGAUGGGGUUGGGGGGCUGAGCUCCACACCCUACUGGGGCUCCUCGGCAGGCUCCAAACCCCUUCCCAGCGAGGAGAAAUCCAGGAGCCAUUGGGGGACAUCGGGAGGGGGAGUUGGGGCGCAGAGCUCCCGGGCUGCCUGGGACACGGCGGGGGACAGGAGGGGGCUCUCCUCCAACAGCUGGUGGAGACGAGAGACCGAGGUGACCCCCAGCACCCAGUGGGGCUCCUCGGCGGCCCCCGGGAGGUUCAGCAGCCUGUUCAGGAGAGGGAAGGAGGACCUGGCUUCCAGCGUUGGGAAGGAGGCAGAGAGGGAUGCGGGCAGCAGGACUGGGGGGCUGAUCCGGCGCUUCCCGUGGCGGGCAGCCAGCGAUGGGGGGCACGGAGUGACCCCACGCUCCGCCCUGCUGCGCUCAGCGCCGAGGCAGCAGCCGGAGGGAAAGGGGAAAGGCUUGGAGUAUUACCUGUCCCAGUUCCUGUGCCUCGCCAGCUUGGUGCUGCUGCUGAUUUUUCUGGGCAUCCUGGUGGUGAAGAUGGCUGGGUCAGGCUGGCUGGACGGCAGAGAGGAGAGCUUUAAUCUCUUGCCUGUGGAUUGUGACAAAAGAACGGAUGAUUUCUGCCAGGCCAAGCACAAGGACGUGAUCAUGGCCAUGCUGCACGAGCUCUACAAUUACCUGUCCGUGCAGGCAGGUAAUUUUGAAUGUGGAAACCCUGAGAACCUAAAAAGCAAAUGCAUUUGGGUUAGUGAGGUGAAGGAUCACGUGCUGAAUGUAACUGGCAGUUCCUCACAGAAGUUUGAAGCUGCCCUGCACUGGAUACUGAACAGCAACAAGGAUCUGGGAAUUUGGUUGAAAGGCAGGGACCUGUCAGAGCCUGUUUCCAGCGUGGAGGAAGUGUUCUGCCUGGAAUCUGCCCACCCCCAGAUGGGGCUGGGCUGCCGCUUCCGCCGGGCCGUGGUCACGGCCAUCAUGAACCUGUUCCUGUUCUUCUGGAGUCUGAUAACCCUUUGGGGCAUCCUGCUCUACCUCCGGUAUCGCUGGCGGAAGAUGGAGGAGGAGGAACAGGCCAUGUAUGAGAUGGUGAAGAAGAUCAUAGCUGUUGUCCAGGACCACUACAAGGAAUGGGAGAGGAAUUUGGAGCGUUACCCCUACGUCGGCAUCUUCCACGUCCGGGACAGCCUGAUCCCUCCUCAGAGCAGAAAAAAGAUGAAGCGGGUGUGGGAGAGAGCUGUGGAUUUCCUGGCCUCCAACGAGUCCCGGAUCCAGACAGAAUCCCACAGGGUGGCAGGGGAGGACAUGCUGGUGUGGAGAUGGACUCAGCCCUCGUACCUGUCGGACUCGGAGCACUGAGGGCAGCAGGAGGAGCAGCAGGGUGGGACAUGGACCCUGUGCAGGCCUCAGGGCCCUCUCUGGUGGUGGGAGGAGCAGGGCCUGGCCCAGGGUUGGGGGUUGCACGGCUCUGUUUGCUCUCACUGCUGAAACUCUCCAAACACACACGUUCAGGGCAAUACUGGCUUGGAAAGAAGAUGGGCUUGAGCUGGUGGGAAGCUGGGAUUGCACCAAAGUGAGCCUUCCACAGAGAGCUGGCUCCCGUGGCAAGCAAACAACAACCUACAAAGAAUAACUGCACACCCCUCUCGAGGCCUGGGGGGCUCUGCCAGAGCCUGGGGGUGCAAAAUUUGACCUCAAUUCUGCAAAGGCCAACUGGUGGCAGAGUCCAUCAGGGAAUGUACUGAAAGAUAACAUUUCCCAUGGAAACAUUAGGGUGGCAGUUGCAGGCGUGUCUUUGUUUGCAUUUGUUUUUAUCAGUGCAAAGACAGUGAGGAAGCACUUGCUGCUUCCCAGCAAAGAAAAUGUUUUUUGUUGGCUUCAUCCAUCCAAAAUUGGGAGAGGGGGAAUUGGGUGAAGGUGGGCCUGGAGAGAGGGGAGAGCCUGACGUGCCUUGGUGGUUUGGUCUGGGCUGGGGGUGGAGGAGGAGAGUUUGUGAUCCUGUUACACUUUUAAGUCUGCAGUCUGUGUGCUUUUUUAUUUUUUGGGGGCGUGGGGGGGGAAUUUGGGUGGAAAAUAAAGGAUAUAGGAAGCUUCUAAAGGCGCUUUGCUGUGGCUGCAGCCCAGGCCUGCUCCGUGGCUGUUACAGAGCAGCUUUGGGAGGGCUCAGUGCUCGUGUUUGAGCUGGGCAGCUGCAGUGUCUGUGUUUGUGUCAGAGCAGGGACGUGCCAGCUCUGGGACUGUCGCUGUUCCUGCAGCCCCUCCCGGGUCCCAGGAGCAGCCUGGCUCUGUCCCAGCCCUGCUGCAUCGUAUCUCGUGUCUGUAAUCACUUGGUUACUCCAGCUUCUCUUUCUGUCCAGUGAAGGAGUGUUUGUUUCCCAGGAAAUGGCACCAGUGUGUGGCAGUUCAGGCUCAGCAGAGGAGCUGCUGCUCUGCUCUUCCCAGGGCUCUGCAGCAGCUCCUGAGGCUGCAGGACCCAAAUCCUUUGCUGGCCUCGGGCAGGAGGAGUUGCAGAGUGAAGCCAGCAGUGAUUUGAGCCCUGUAGCCCCUGGGUGUUGCUCUCCUUGGGGACAUCCUGGGGCUGGAUGCUCGGAUUGCUCCUGUCCGGGGGGCACAGCCCUGGGCAGUGAUGCCACUCCAGGUGUGUUCCUUGUGCCUGCUCACCUGGCAGAGUGUGCACCUCUCCCCACGUGGGUGGAUCAAAGCUCUCCAGGAGCAAAACCAGGAGAUCUUUCCCAUUAAAUGGGAAUAUCCUGCAUGGAGGGGGCUCUUACCCCAGAUUUUUGGGUGUGGGUGUUUGGGCAGGAGACUCAACAGCUCUUCUAGGCAAGAACCAGCCCCUUGCACUGCAAUAAAUUGGGAAUAAAGGCAACCUUGAUUUUUCUCACACGUAUCAAGAUCACCACUGCUGCCAGAGAAAUCCUCUCAAACACCGGUGCCUCUGUUCUUAAACCUUUUUAAACUCUUGGUGGGGUUUGGGUGAGCUUUUUUAACCGUCCAGAAGCGCAGAGUCAGGCAUUGCUGUCAUCCUUUUGUAUUAAACCCGGUUUUGUAGAACAAACUUCAAUGGCUUGGUGCUGUUUCUAUGUUCCAUUUAGCUCUGUAAAAAAUCAAUAUCAAAAAUAAAUUUAUUACCAAUAAUGUA